AUGGAAAAUUCCACCAGUAUUGUGGUCUUCCUGAUCCUCUCCUGCUGUCUCGGGAAUGAAGGGGCAAAAGCUUAUGACUCUAUCCUCUUGGUGGAAAAUGGAGGACCCUGGGGCUAUUGGGGAAAAAAAGAAUUUUGUCCAAAAGGCCAUGCUUCUGGUUUUGUACUGAAGGUUGAGCCAUAUCAAGGUGGCACAAGUCAUGAGGAUGAUACAUCCCUGAAUGGCAUACGCCUAUUCUGUGAUGAUAAAAAGUUUAUUUCAUCUGUUGUUGGGAAAUGGGGUGCCUGGUCUGAUAUAAAGUAUUGCAGAGGAGAGUCCAAACUUGUGGCUUUCUCCCUAAGAGUGGAACGACCUCAGGGGCCAUCAGAUGAUACAGCAGCCAACAAUAUUCAGUUCAAGUGUAGUAAUAAUGAAAUAUUGGUAGGUAAUUCCCAUGACUGGGGAAAAUUUGGUUUAUGGAGUUCCUCCUGUGGUCCUGGAACUUAUAUAUGUGGACUCCAGACAAAGAUGGAAGUAAUACAAGGAAUGGAAGAUGACACUGCAUUGAAUGAUGUGAGAUUUUUCUGUUGUGCUUAA